AUGGAAUUAUCGAGAGGAAAAGUGGUUAUUGAAAAAAAUGUAAAUGAAUAUACAAUAGAUGAAAAUGUAUUCUUUUUCGAACCAAAUAAAGACGAUGUAUACGAUAAAAAUUUUAAUUUAAGAUAUAUUUUUCAUAACACAUUCAUAAAUACCGAAGAAGAAAUAGCAAUAUGUGAAUUUAAAAAAUAUUGCAAAAAUAAAUCAUUAAAAAUAAAUAAAACAUUUUUUGAAAAUGAGUGCUUGCGUUAUUUAUACUCAGCACAAUUUGAUUUCGCAAAAGCUUUAGAUUUAAUUAAAAGUAAUUAUGAAUUCAGAAUUUCUAAUGUAUUGCCCAUAAAAGAAAAAGAUGUAAUAGAUUAUAUAAAUAAGGGGGUUAUGUAUUGGCAUGGUAGAGAUAAAAAAUGUAGACCUAUAUUGAUAAUAAAUUUAUUAAACGUUGAAUUAUUAAAUAUUGAAAAAUUAAUAAAUUUAUUUUUUUUUUGUUUUGAAUUUUUUUUAAAAUACUUAUGUAUACCAGGAAAAAUAGAAAAUUAUAUUUCAAUAAUUGAUUGUUCAGGUAUAUCUAUAUCAAAAUUUCCAAUGUCUACAUUUAUGAAAUUGAUUGAGAUCAUGAACUCAAAAUAUAGGUGUAGGCUAUAUAGGAUGUAUAUAAUAGAUGCUCCCAAAUUAUUUAAAACAUUUGGUAGAUCAUUUUUAAGUUUCGCACCUAAUUACAUGACAAAAAAAUUAAAAAUUUUAGAUAACAAUUAUUCAACAUGUUUAAGAGAAGAAAUAUUAGAAACACAAUUAGAAAAAAAAUAUGGAGGUGUUCAAGAAAUAAAAAAUAAUAUGUAUUAUCCAUUUUCUUUUUAUCCCAACUGUUAUAUUAUAAAAAAAGAUGAAGAAGCAAAAAAGAAAGAAAUAGAAAAAGAUAAGCAUUUAGACAUUUUUAAUAAAUUAGGCGACAAAAUAUAUGAAUUUUUAACUAUAGGCUAUUCUAUGCACUUAAAAUUAGUAAAAAAUGAUAGUAAAGAAUUAAUGCAACAUCAAAACACUUCUUUAAAUGAAGAACUAAAUGGAGAUACUAAUAAAAAAAAAAAAAAAAAAAAAAAUUCAAGUAAAAAAGAUCUAUAUUUAAAUAAAAGUUUUAUUAAUUCUGUAAUCAAUGCCGAAUAUCAUAUUGACAAUAAUAGCUUUUUGAAGAAUCAUAAAUAUAUUAAUUCAAAAAAUAAGUAUAUUGUUAAUACUGGGAGUUCUCACAGGUGGCUUUUUAAGAUAAAAUACUUAUUUUUAUCAAAUAUAACUAUAAAUUAUUUAACAAAACGAUUCUCUUUUUUAAUAAAUCAUCUUAUUAUUAAAUCUAAUUUUAAAUCAAUGUAUGAUUAUUUUAAAUAUAUAGAAUCUAAUAUAUGCACAAAUGAAUUCAGGCAGUGUAAUUAUAGUAGUAGUCUUUGCCAUAAUAAUGCUCCGGUACUCAUUUCUACAUAUGAUAGUUCAUCGUUUAACAAUGAUGAGGAAAACAUAAGGAAUUUAAAUAAACAUAAAUCACUAAAUAAUUAUACAGAUAGUAACUGUAAAAAGGAACUCAAGAUACCAAUUCCCAAUAUUUACAAUUCCAAAGUAAAUAAAAAAAACUAUGAAAGUAAAGAUAUGAAAAAUGGCCUUAAUCUUGAUUAUAUUAAAAAAAAAGAAAAUUUAAAUGAUGCAAAAAUGAUUGAAAUAAAUAUUUACAAUAGUUCUGCAUCCAUUUUUGAUAGUAAUGUUAAAAAAACAUCUGCCGAAGAAGAUACGAUUUCAAAAAAUGGUCGCAAUAACAUAUACAAAACAGGGGUAAAAGGAAAAACAAAUUCUUAUUGUAAAAUUAAAGCAGCCAAGAGUUUAUUUAAUGAUGAAAUAGACAAGUAUGAGAAAAUAGAAUAUGAUGAAAAAAGUUAUUUAAAAAAUGUAAGUUUAGAUUUCAAUAAACAUAAAACAAAAAAUGAAUUUAAUAAUGCAGCUAAUAUAAAUCAUGGAAAAAAAAUAAAUAUGAAUAUGAAGAAUGAAUAUAGCAAAAACGAUAGUAAUAGUAAUAGUAAUAUUGGUAUCAAUAAUUUAAAUAGUAUUAAUUCUGAUAGUAAAUUAAAUAUGAAAAAAUCUGGCAUUAGUAUUAAAUCAAUUUUAUCUAAAAAAUUUGAGUAUUCUUUUUCAAAAUUUAAAAAUAAUUCUAUCACAUCUAUUAGUACUAAAUUUUCUAAAAAAUCAUAUGAUAAAUUUUAUAAGGAACAUAAAUAUGAAAAUGAAAAUGAAUAUUUAAAUAAUCAUAUAACCAAUAAAGAAUUUGAAAAUAAAGUAAGUUUUUUUAGUCGUGUAUCGUCAUCUACUGGUAAUAUAACAAAUAUCAAUGAUGAUGAAUCUAUCAACAAAAAUAAAAAAAAUAUAAGUUUUUCUCAAAAUGAUUCAGAUGCAACCAAUAAUGUAAACAGCAAUGUGACUGAAAAAAAAAGUAAAAAAAAAUUAAAUAAAAUUAAGAUUAUAAAUUUGCAAUUUUUUAACAAACAUGUUAAUAGAAGUUAA